AUGGAGUCAUCACAAGAUUACAACUCUCUCCGAGAGACCAUCCAACCCGCCCUCGUCACCGUCACUCGAUCAGCCGGCGUCGUCGCAAACGAGGAUCUCCAAUUCCAGCGCACCGUCCGCCCAUCCGUCGGCGACAAGCUCGACAAGACCGCCGAUCGCAUGCUGGGCUUGGUCAACGGGUUGCUCAAGUCUUCCUCCAAGGUGACGGGACAGUCGACGACCAAGCUGGAGGAUAUCGACGAUAUCGAGAUCAAGUGGAGAGGCAUCGUCGACGUGAUCGAUUCGUUCCUUGAGAAGGCCGACACCUGCCUUGACGAGUACACCGGUUUGAUCAAGAGAAAGAAUGCGCCCACUGUCGAAGAAGGCCGCGACCCCAAGCGAUCGAAAUCGACGGCGCCGCUCGACUGGUCUCUCAAGCGCGCCAACAUUGUCAAGCCCCAGAAUGGGUUCGAGAAGAAGCCCAAUAACUUUGACAAGGGGCCGUGGAAGCCCAUCUUGACGAAGAAGCCACAUGCGAUUGUUCCGUUGGAGCAGUCUUUCAACACCUUUCUCAAUGAAGAGCACACUACCCAGUAUGAACCCCCGUCCCUUUUCAAGAAUUCCCUAGUUUCUCCGGUACCCCCGGUGGAUAGUUCUGUCCAAGAAAAGGAGGCCGAUCAAGAAGAACCGCGUCUGGCCACCCAGCCCAGAAGCCGAAAGGCUGUGGGAAACUGGCGCUGGAGACAGAAGAUGCGGGACAAAACAUAUCAGCAAGCUGUGACGGCGUCUGCGGAGGUUUCCAGAGAAAACUUCCGAAGGGGUUCCUGA